UGUACUGUUUUUACAGAAGUUAUUUGGAUCUGAUACGGGAACUUUGAAAUUAUGUUCAAAGUAAUAAAAAUGAUAUUGACUAUAUGGAAAUACAUACUCACUCACUUUAUUCAUUUGGAGAAAACAUCAGGUUAUGGUUUGAUUUAUAUUUACCGAGUGAUAAUAUGUGCUCUUCUUAUACAACAUGGUUACAGUUCACAGUGUCCAUCUCCAGACUGUCUUUCUGGAUAUGUUUCGUCGCAAAUGCCAAAUCCCUCGACUGAAAGUGGAUUGUGUGGAAGAUUCUGUAGUUCAACUUUUAUUUGUGAUCCUUGUCAAAUUUUGAACAAUUCAUCAGCUAAUGAAAUUGAUAGAUUGCUUGUUCAUGUUCCAGCAGAUUCGAAUUUAUGUGGUACCACCAAUACAUACAGAAUUUGGUUAGCUGUAGUUAACAGAAUGAAUUCUGGGGACCAAACAAGCGAUGCAAAGAAUUUUGCGGUAUUUUUAAGGAAAACUGGAUGGAAUUUGGAGACUACAUGUGGAAAUAAUGUUGUGAUAUUCCUUUCACGUUUUGAUAGGCAGGUAUAUACAUCAGCAGGCAAAGCUGCUUUCAAAGUUUUGAAUGAAGAGUGUAUAGAUGGCAUAUUCAAGGAAGCCAAAGAAGAUUAUUUUUCAGCUGACGAUUUUGAAGGAGGACUAAAAUUCAUGGUGCAGGAAUACAAGAAAGCUUUGAAAGAAGGAGAAUGUUCGGAUAAACUUAACCAUUGGAUCUGGGCUGCGCCAUUGAUAGCAGUGGCAUGUAUUUCUGUCAUAAUACUAUUCUAUUAUAAAAGUUCUUCGGGGAAAGUAGGCAGUGGAGGAAGAGGUGGAGGAAGAGGUGGACGGAGACGCGGGGGAGGAGGAUGGGGUGACAGAGGAGGAGACGGAGGCGGGGGAGGAUGGGGUGUAGACGGAGGCGGAGGCGGAGGAGGAUGGGGUGGAGGGGGAGGAGACGGAGGAGGAGGAGGGGGUGGUGGAGGUGGAGGAGGAGACGGAGGCGGAGGAGGAGGGGGUUGUUAA